GCCGGCGACACAGAUGUGUUUACUAAAGACACAAUAAGGAGAGAAAUCUAAUAUCGGCCUUGCAAUGCGAGAGGACGAAGGCUGAGGGACGGCUAAACAUGUUUUCGGGAUGGUUUGCUGAUGAUAUGCUGACUCAAGAAGCGGAUUUGGGCGAAAAUUAAAAAUGGGCAGAUCGCAGUGAUGAGUUGUUGCUCACAUUGGUUGGCGACAGGGAGUAAUUUAACACCAGAUAGAGAGAGGUCAUUUAGAAUGGGAGGAGAUUGCAGCGAUAUGUCAGAACUUGACGGAAAGACUCAAUGGACUGAGGGUGUGUGAGACGGACGGGCACCGACGGUCUGUAUUCCAGGACAUCCUCCAAAUCUUCGAGGGACUACAACAGUGAUUCCACCAUGAAGUAUCCUGCUUUUCUGUUGACUCCUGCUGCUUAAAAAGGGUUAAAUAUCUUCAACACAUGAAGAAGAACCUCAACUAUUUGAAUAAUUCACCAACCUCCUCCUCCAAGUAACUUAGAGCAGAUGCCAGUUAUUGUUUUUGUAUCAACAUGUAAUUUUCCACAGUCAUUUUCCUUGUAGAAGAAGGAUAUCUCCAUCUCCAAUCAUGUCGGACUCUCAAGAGCAAAGCCUCAAUGAGAACAUCAUCUUCACUUCGUUGACAGAGUCUAGUCCAAACUUCCUGCACUGCGAGGAGGAGCGUUAUUGUGUGGAAAGCCUGGUGAGCUCCGGUAGUGAGGCGUUCUACACCAAACUCCACCAUGAACAAAUCAAAUCUUUCCUGUCCCCCGGUGAGGUGAACCAGAUCGCCAAAUGGACUAAGGACUAUCAUCAAAGCGAUGCGGCUGUGGAGGAUGGAAAUGGCGAGGUGGAGGUCGGUUCUGAUGGGGAGGACUUCUCUGGACAUUAUUUUCCCACAGAGUCUGACAUUCCAGCACCAUGCUUGGAAUUGGGAUGGCCGGAAAGGACCAUCUGGAUGGACAUGGGACAGAUUGACAUCUACACCAACCCUCCUGCAGAGCAUGCACCAUCUAUACGGGAAGUCCUCAGGAGACUCCUACAAGGAGCCACUAAGCUGAUUGCCAUCGUAACAGAUAAAUUGUCGGACAACGCCGUGAUUAGUGACCUCCAAAAUGCUGCAUCACGGGGUGUUCCAGUAUACAUCAUCCUCAAUGAAAGAUCCAUGGAAAAGAACUGCUUUGUGCACCGGCUUCAACAUCCAAAUAUCAAGGUGCGCGUUCUUGGAGGUAAAACGUAUCUCACGCGUGACACCAAGAUGGUGGUCGGAGAACUGAAGGACAACUUUGUGUUGGUGGAUCUGGAGAAGGUGAUGUUUGGAAGCUACAGUCUUAGCUGGACCGAUGCUCACCUUCAUCGUCAGCUUGUCACCGUUUUGAGUGGCCGGGUUGUUGAAUCUUUCGAUCGGGAGUUUCGGAUCCUCUACGCUGCCUCGCUCCCAAUCCCGGACACGUGGGAAGCUGGAAUACCAGCUUCCGAGCCCAAAGAGUAUAAAAAACUACCGCCCUUAAAAAUGAACUGCAACAAAGUUGAACUCGCUGAGUUCGUCUCCAAUCCUCCACCUCCACCUACUGAUAACUUCCUGGACUGGGAAGAGAUGGGGGUCAUCCAGAGAUUCCCGGAUAGUCCUUUUACUCCACCUGAUGCCGCUGGGCUACCGUUUCAACAUCGACCCUUCUUGGAGAGAAUUCCAGGAAGAUGGGACCCUCCCUACGACUUUAACAGCAGACUUCUGCCUGGGCAUCAAGAGGACACCAAGUUUAAUUCAAUGUUUCUGUCAGAUCUAAGGCAUCCCGAAUAUCAAAGACCGAGGCGACAUUACUCUCCAGGAGAGAUGCAUUGCAAUGAGGUGGUGAACAGGCCUCUACAGAUUCCCGACAGAAUCACGUAUCCUCUACUGAACGCUGAAAACGAGGAGAGGUUUCCUGUGUACAAAUCUCGCACCCACCGAAUGGACAUGACGCCAGAGGACGAUCUCAGACCCCCUGCCAGACGAGAGCCUUUCAUGAGGAGGGACAGAGUUUUAGGAGAUACGAUGAACCCUGAAGGAACCACAAAAACUAAUUUUAAGAAGCCGCCUGAACUGUCACGAAGCAAGACUUUCAGCACUUUGAGCGACAUUCUUAAACGGGUCAAUGCACGUGCGAAUCCUUCAGGACAGAAGAGGGCAGACAACCAGGCGGCCGUCAGCAAAUCCACACUGGACCUCAAUUUACAACGUUCAGACGCACAAUCAAAUGCUCGAACCACCAACGCUGAUAAUCUGCCCCUGACUCCAGCUCUUGCACUUAUGAAAAAGCGAAACGAUGAGAUUAAAUCGGGACUGUUGAGGAGCAUGCCGAGUGUGUUUACGCCUGGUUUCAGAGCUCCCAACUUCGGCCUGCAGAGGGAGACAUGGAGGGCUCCAUUCAGAAGCCAUAGAACUGAGGAGGAGCACUGAUGUUAUGCAGGAAACCCCAGACAAUGACAUCACCAGUGUUACAAUAAUUCCCACGUAUUUAAAUAUGUAAAUGUUACUGUAAUAAACAGGGCUGCAGGUAACAAGGGGUUUUCCUGCUUACAGAAAAUAAAUAUUCAUCAGCAAUGAAGUUACACUUGAAAAAUAAGACUAUUAACAUAUUAAUAUAUGUGUUGUUGAAAGAUGUGACCAGCUGUCAUUGAAUUUAAAAGCCAGUUGUGUUUAUACUGCCUAUACACUACCAGUCAAAAGUUUUUGAACAGUAAGAUUUUUUAAAGAAUUCUCUUCUGCUCACCAAGCUUGCAUUUAUUUGGUCCAAAAUACAGCAAAAACAGUAAUAUUGUGAAAUAUUUUUACUAUUUAAAAUAACUGCUUUCUAAAUAAAUAUAUUUUAAAAUGAAAUUUAUUCCUGUGAUCAAAGCUGAAUUUUCAGCAUCAUUAGUCCAUUACUUAAGUGUCACAUGAUCCUUCAGAAAUCAUUCUAAAGUGAUGAUAAAUAUGUUUAUAAUGUUACAAAAGAUUUCCAUUUCAGAUAAAUGCUGUUUUUCUUCUGAACUUUCAAAAAUUCAUGUGACUGGAGUAAUGGUGCUAAAAAUUCACCUUGGAAAUCACAGAAAUAAAUUACAUUCGAAAAAAAUAUUCAAAUAGAGAACAGUUAUUUUAAAUUGUAAAAAUAUUUCACAUAUUUCCACUGUUUUUGCUGUACUUUGGAUCAAAUAAAUGCAGGCUUGGUGAGCAGAAGAUACAUUUUUAAAAAACAUUUGUUCAACAUUUGACUGGUAGUGUACCUUCAUUUGAACUAGAUUUAUAAACUCGAAUACCAUUUUUAGAAGCUGGCUCUUUCUAUUCAAAUAAGUCAACAUGAAAUUGCAGGUCAUUUUACUUUUGUACAUCCAUUGGUUGAAAUGGAAAGUUGUUUUAGAGGUUAUUCAUUUUGCUGAUUAUUUUAGGAAUAAUAUGCACUGAUGAAUCAUUUAAAAUAAGAUUAGGAAUAAUAAUAAAAAAAAAAUUCCAUAUUGUAAAUAAAAUAAAAAUAUCUGGAGUAAGUCUUUCUACUUCAUCAUGUUAUGUUUACUGUAAUUCAGUGUUUUACUUCAUGUUUCAACUAGCAGUUUGUUUUUUUUUUAAAUAGUAUAGAGUCAAUUUUAAUUUCAUGUUGACUUUAACUCAUUAGACCUGUCUGGAUGGGCUGCUAAGAUUGUUAUGUGACAAUAGAAAAUGUUAUUUAAAUAUUGAAAAAUACAGUGGAUUGAAAUGGUAACUGUGUGAUCUUAUUUACCCUGACAUAAAAUAUAU